AUGCCAACACCACUGAAUUCUCGCACUAUACAACAGCAGCAAGAACUUGAUGAGGAAUUGUCGGCUCUGAUUGCCAGCAACUUCUCACUCAACCUGCAAAAACUCACAUUGGAAUCAGGUGUCAGCAUCCUUUGUGAUAUUUCAUCUGGAGUAGUCAGGCCAUACAUCCCAGCCACUCUUCGCAAACAAGCGUUUGACAGUGUUCAUGGUCUGGCCCACCCAAGUGGCAAAACAACGUCUCACCACCUACGACAAAAAUACAUCUGGCUAGACAUUAAAAAAGACGCUCUGAACUGGUCACGAGAAUGUCUGCCAUGCCAAAAAUCGAAGAUACAUCGACACAACAGACUACCACCCAAGGAAAUUCAUGUCCCGGACAACCGCUUCAACUACAUCCACCUUGACCUCAUCAUAUUACCAGAGGUAAAAAACUUUCGUUAUUGUCUCACAAUAAUCGAUCGUUUUUCCAGGUGGCCGGUUGCCGUUCCUCUUCGUGGCAUGACAGUAGACACUGUGGUCACAGCACUAUUUGAUCACUGGAUUUCAUUAUUCGGAACACCUUUGACGAUUAUAACAGACCAGGGUUCUCCAUUCGAAUCAGAAUUGUUUGAGGCCCUUACCAACUUCAUUGGAGCCUGCAGAGUUAGAACAACGCCCUAUCAUCCUGCAUCGAACGGCAUGAUCGAGCGUUGGCAUCGAACCUUGAAGGCAGCACUCAUGUGUUCACCCAAACCAUGGACUGAAAUACUAACAACCGUUCUUCUUGGACUUCGGACCAGCUUUAAGGAAGACUUCCAGACUACACCAGCUGAUCUCCUUUUUGGUACCAGUCUUCGUUUACUAACCGAAUUCUUCAUCCAGGAAGACCCUCCUAAUCCAAAGAUGUUCCUUAAGAAGCAUAGAGAGUUCAUGCGAGGACUUCGCCCUACACCGGCUGCCCAUCACUCAAACACCAGGAUUUAUCGACUCAAAAAUUUGCAAAAGGAUCUCAAAAGGAUCGACGAUAGAGUCUUCAAACUGGACGUAGAUGGACAAUUGAAAACAAUUUCGGUGGAAAGAUUGAAGCCUGCCUACAUUGUCAAAGAAGAUCCAAACACAACAGAAUCUCGAGAAAUCAAGAACUCGCACCGGUCUGAACAACCUGAGGACUGGGGAUCAUCUCUGGAAAAACCGACAAAGACUUAUAGCCGUAAAGUUAAUAAAUCUGUGUCUUUCAGAUUGCCGGAGCAAGACACUUGGGGGGGAGUACAUGUGGCUACUCCGUCACGCAGCUCUGAUCAUAACCUCGAGACCUACAAUAGCGACGGAGCCACAUCGGGGCAGGAAAUUGCCAAACCCAUGGAACAUCUACCACAGCGCAAGAGAGGAAGAAAGCAGAAGGCAGUAUGCUCCGUUGGUGAAACAAACAAUACCCAUGAUACCGUGCCAGGACUUAGUGAAUUUGGAAAGGCAGUUGUAAGGGAGUUGAACAGACUCGGUAUGCUGGUGGAUCUGUCCCACGUAUCUACGCGAACUAUGAGGGCAGCACUACAGACAACACGAGCGCCGGUCAUAUUUUCUCACAGUGCUGCACGUGCAUUAUGCAAUUCAAGUAGAAACGUACCCGACGACGUGCUCAGAAAUUUGGCUAAGAACGGCGGUGUUGUCAUGAUUCCAUUUUAUACAUACUUCAUAACUUGCAAUAGCACAGCGACGAUAAAAGAUGUGAUCGGUCACAUCAAUCAUAUAAGAAAGGUGGCUGGUAUGGAUCACGUGGGCAUUGGAGCAGGUUUCGACGGAAUAAACUUUACACCUACUGGCCUCGAAGACGUCUCGAGAUACCCCCAACUAUUCGCAACUUUACUGGAGGAUCCAACAUGGACAGAGGAGGAUAUAAAGAAACUCGUCGGCCUCAAUUUACUGAGAGUUUUUAGCAAAGUUGAGCAGGUAAGGUCAUCGGUCUGGAUCAAAGGCAAAUGUGUUAGAUUGACGGUCCUUGGAAAUGGCCAGUUGCAAGCUUCUUCUGACGAAUUACGUGAAAAAACAAAUAUUCACUCAAUUCUUGCUUCUUGUCUGCAAACAUCUCAUCUGAAAGGAAAUCCACAUGAGAUCAGUGGGAAAAUUAAUGAAAGUGGUCAAGUAAUUGAGAUGAAAUGCAGCUGUAAGGCUGGACACAGCGGCACAUGUAAACAUGCUGUCGCAGUGCUACUCUAUUGGAACAGAAACAAUUUGGAAGAACUGAAAUUUAUCAGCUGUACAGAUAAGAAGUGUGUCUGGAGUGCACCUUGCAAACUGUCGUCGGACAAUUAUGAUGCACAGCCGCUAAGCAAGCACCAAUGUUUUACAUCGAAGAAAACAAAGAUAUUAGGAGAUGAUGGCAAUCAGGAAAUACUUAGGGCGAUUGAUGAGAAAGAAAAUAAAUUGUCUCCAGAAGAUGAGCAGCGUCUGAGAGAGAUUAUGACAUCAAAUCUGCCAGGAUCUGCCCUGGCUAUGCAUAUGUAA